AAGCCUUACUAGCUAUAAAUAUGUGUGGUAUCUGUAGUGUGCUGGAGAAGAGUAUGCAGGAAAACCUAAGGAAUAGAGGCCCGAACUCCAGUCGCAUCACCAAAAAAGCUUCAAAUCCCCACCACUGUCUGUUCUCUGCUCGUGUACUUCACAUGAGAUUGCCUUUCACCUCAGCACAAGACAGUAACAGGAAUGUACUGAUGUGGAACGGAGAGGUUUUUGGUGGACUGUCAUUGAGACCGGAAGAGAAUGACACUGACGUUAUUGGCCACCAUCUCUCAGCCUGUGACAGCCCUACAGAGAUCCUGUCUGUCCUGGCCAAUGUUUGUGGACCCUGGGCUUUUACAUAUUCCCAACAGGCCGGACACUAUCUCUGGUUUGGGAGAGACGUCUAUGGCCGGCGAAGCUUGCUUUGGUAAUAUGACGCUGAGGAGAAGUCUUUGACUCUGAUGUCUGUGGCUGCCCAUCUCCCUGGCUCUGAAAGACCACCAUAGUGGAAAGAGGUUCCAGCAGUAGGUGUUUACAGUAUUGACCUUUGCAGAGUCUGGCUCUGCAAUGGGUUCACGCAGGUGAGAGUCUGUCAUCUGUUAGUCAAGAAUCCAAGUUGGAGGGUAUCCCCAGGAACACCUCAGCAGUGAUGAACAAUUCAGGUCUCUCCCUAACCGUUCCGGUUUGCCCACUGAACAUGACAAUCCCUCAGUUGUCAAAGGAGGUAGAACAUGAUCCGAGCUCACAAGCCUCAGUUAAAGACCUGGAGGUGUUGCUGGAGUCUGAUGAGAGAARGUUUAUGGUGAAUAGUCUUAWUGAUGUUCUCAGUYAGGCAGUAGGGAGGCAUGUGCAGUGUCUUCUCUUUGAUACACUGCUGACAUCACCACAGACCAAUGACGAAGCAGCAAUUGCCGUCAUUUUUGAUUCCAUGAUUCUGGCUGCCCGCCACAUCCCAACCCACCAACCAAUUGACCUUCUGAAUGUGCCACUCAAACUGCAAGAACCAAAGGUGCUGAAGGAGUCUACCAAGAAAAGCAAAAAGCACAAAACAAAGCCCAUGGAUUCUAAAACUGACGUUGCUGAUUCCCACGUGUAUAGCCCUUUUGACGUCCCAGACAAGAUCACUGGCAGAGCAGGCCUGCAAGGGCUUCAGCACUUGAAUCCAGAGAAAAAAAUGGAUUAUGUUGAAAUCAACGUCCCUCAGAAGGAGGAGCUCAUCUGUCACCUGGUGCACCCAUUGGAUACUGUGCUUGAUGACAGCAUUGGAUGUGCUGUGUGGUUUGCAGCGAGAGGAACCGGCUUCCUCACAGAAGGCAACAAACCGAGGGGGUUCACUUCAUCUGCCAAGGUGGUUUUGACAGGUAUGGGUGCCGAUGAGCAGAUGGCAGGGUACUCCAGACACAGAGUCCACUUCAAGACCUCUAGGCAUGAGGGUCUGGUCCAAGCGCUGGCKAUGGAGCUGGGCAGAAUUUCUACAAGGAAUCUCAUUUGAGAUGACAGAAUCAUAGGAAGGAGGCUAGGCAAGUACUGAAGGCUUCCCUAUUUGGAUGAGGAUGUGGUGUGUUUCCUGAUUGCCCUGCCAGUGUACGAGAAGGCAGAUUUGUCGGAGAAACUGCUACUGAGGCUGGCUGCCAAGGAGCUGGGCCUGGGGGCCUCUGCUCUACUCCCUAAGAGAGCCAUGCAGUUUGGUUCCCGCGUCGCAAAGAUGUAAAACAGCCACAGGAAGGCUUCAGAC